AUGCGCGCAGCCCACGGCGCCAGCUCAGAGGACCUUCCCCGCAUGCGCGAGAGCCCGGAUGCGGACCAAGUUGGCGGAAAGCGCGCGGUUGGACAGCAAUGGCGGUGCUCGGUGUUGCGACAAGUGGUGGUCAUUGGUUUUCGGCUUUGGCGGUUUGGUUUUUUGAUUCAUCUGAUUGUUUCGAAUAGCCAUUCCACAGAUUUUGAAGUACACCGAAACUGGCUUGCUAUCACUCACAGUUUGCCAAUGUCACAGUGGUAUUAUGAGGCAACUUCAGAGUGGACCUUGGAUUACCCCCCUUUUUUUGCAUGGUUUGAGUAUGCCCUGUCACAUGUUGCCAAAUACUUUGAUCAAGAGAUGCUGAAUAUCCAUAAUCUGAAUUAUUCCAGCUCAAAGACCUUACUUUUCCAGAGAUUUUCCGUCAUCUUUACAGACGCACUCUUUGUGUAUGCUGUGCAUGAGUGCUGUAAAUGCAUUGAUGGGAAAAAAGCAGCUAAAGAACUUACAGAGAAGCCAAAGUUUAUUCUGUCAGUAUUACUGCUGUGGAACUUUGGGUUGUUAAUUGUGGACCAUAUCCAUUUCCAGUACAAUGGUUUUUUAUUUGGAUUAAUGCUACUCUCCAUUGCUCGAUUAUUUCAGAAAAGGCAUAUGGAAGGAGCAUUUCUCUUUGCUGUUCUCCUACAUUUCAAGCACAUUUACCUCUAUGUAGCACCAGCGUAUGGUAUAUAUCUGCUACGAUCUUACUGCUUCACUGCAAAUAAAGCAGACGGGUCUGUCCGAUGGAACAGUUUCAGCUUUGUCCGCCUUAUUUCCCUGGGACUGAUUGUUUUUCUCGUUUCUGCUCUUUCGUUGGGUCCUUUCCUAGCCUUGAACCAACUGCCUCAAGUCUUUUCCAGACUCUUCCCUUUCAAGCGGGGCCUCUGCCAUGCAUAUUGGGCUCCAAACUUCUGGGCUUUAUACAAUACUUUGGACAAAGUGCUGUCUGUCAUCGGUUUGAAGUUGAAACUUCUUGAUCCCAACAAGAUUCCUAAGGCAUCAAUGACAAGUGGUUUGGUUCAGCAGUUCCAACACAUAGUCCUUCCCUCAGUGACUCCCUUGGCCACCCUCAUCUGCACUCUGAUUGCCAUAUUGCCUUCUAUUUUCUGUCUUUGGUUUAAACCCCAAGGGCCCAGAGGCUUUCUCCGAUGUCUGAUCCUUUGUGCCUUGAGCUCCUUCAUGUUUGGGUGGCACGUCCAUGAGAAAGCCAUACUCCUAGCAAUUCUCCCAAUGAGCCUUCUGUCUGUGGGAAAUGCAGGAGAUGCUUCGAUUUUUCUGAUUCUGACCACAACAGGACAUUAUUCCCUCUUUCCUCUGCUCUUCACUGCACCAGAAUUUCCCAUUAAAAUCUUACUCAUGUUAUUGUUUACCAUCUACAGUAUCUCCUCAUUGAAGACUCUAUUCAGGAAAGAAAAACCUCUUUUUAAUUGGAUGGAAACUUUCUACCUCCUUGGCCUGGGGCCUCUGGAAGUCUUCUGUGAAUUUGUAUUCCAUUUCACCUCCUGGAAGCUGAAGUACUCCUUUCUCCCUUUGUUACUGACCUCAGCGUAUUGUGCAGUGGGCAUCACAUAUGCUUGGUUCAAACUGUAUGUUUCAGUAUUGACUGACCCUCCUGCUGGCAAGACAAAGAAGCAAUAAAUAAAGGAACUGCUUGGAUGUAUUCCAAGCAAUUAUUUCAUGGGAAAUUAAUCAGAACUUGAAGAAAGUUGCUGGUGGCAUGAACCAUUCAGUAGAUCUGUUUGACAACCAUUCUUCCAGACUUGGCCUUGCCCAGCCUAGCAACCUGGUUGUCACCAUGGUGAGAAGCCACUUGUCCUCCAUAAGCAGUGAAACACAUCUGAAACACUUCUUGCCCUCCCCUGUUAAAAUUGUCAGGUCAUUCAGACUGCUGUGUUUGCUCCAGACAAGCAGGGAGUCUGAUCAACACCAUGAUUAGUUGUACCCU